CUGGAGUAUCACUCAGCUGACACCAAGCAUCCAACAUGAACGCCCUGAUCGCCCUCCCCCUCUUCUUCGCCGCCGUCUCGGCUGGCUACCUGGGCGCCCCCGUGGCCCCCGUGGCGUACUCUGCCUACUCCUCCCCGGUGGUGCACUCCGCCUACUCCGCCCCCGUGGUGCACUCCGCCCCCGCUGUUGCCUACUCCGCCCCCGCGGUCGCCUACUCCAGCCCCGUGGUUAAGGCCGUCGCCCCCGCCGUCGCCUACUCCACCCCCGUGGUGCACUCCGCCCCCGCCGUCGCCUACUCCGCUCCCGUGGUGCACUCCGCCCCCGCGGUCGCCUACUCCGCCCCCGCCGUCGCCUACUCCACCCCCGUGGUUAAGGCCGUCGCCCCCGCUGUUGCCUACUCCGCCCCCGUGGUCCACCACGCGCCCGCCGUCGCCACCUCCUACCAGAACACCUACAAGAUCUCCCGCUCCGCCGUGGCUGUGCACGCCGCCCCCGUCGCCACCUACGCCGCUGCCGCUCCCAUCGUGGCCGCCCCCACCGUGGUUAAGAGCUACGCCGCUGCCCCCGUCGCCUACAGCACCUACGCCGCUGCCGCCCCCGUGGUCAAGAGCUACGGCUACGCCGCCCCCGCCUACAGCACCUACGCCGCUGCCGCCCCCGUGGUCAAGAGCUACGGCUACGCCGCUCCCGCCUACAGCACCUACGCCGCUGCCCCUCUGGCCCACGCCACCUACAUCGCCCUCCCCCUCUUCUUCGCCGCCGUCUCGGCUGGCUACCUGGGCGCCCCCGUGGCCCCCGUGGCGUACUCUGCCUACUCCUCCCCGGUGGUGCACUCCGCCUACUCCGCCCCCGUGGUGCACUCCGCCCCCGCUGUUGCCUACUCCGCCCCCGCGGUCGCCUACUCCAGCCCCGUGGUUAAGGCCGUCGCCCCCGCCGUCGCCUACUCCGCCCCCGUGGUGCACUCCGCCCCCGCCGUCGCCUACUCCGCUCCCGUGGUGCACUCCGCCCCCGCGGUCGCCUACUCCGCCCCCGCCGUCGCCUACUCCACCCCCGUGGUUAAGGCCGUCGCCCCCGCUGUUGCCUACUCCGCCCCCGUGGUUCACCACGCGCCCGCCGUCGCCACCUCCUACCAGAACACCUACAAGAUCUCCCGCUCCGCCGUGGCUGUGCACGCCGCCCCCGUCGCCACCUACGCCGCUGCCGCUCCCAUCGUGGCCGCCCCCACCGUGGUUAAGAGCUACGCCGCUGCCCCCGUCGCCUACAGCACCUACGCCGCUGCCGCCCCCGUGGUCAAGAGCUACGGCUACGCCGCUCCCGCCUACAGCACCUACGCCGCUGCCCCUCUGGCCCACGCCACCUACGUGCACUAAGAAGGUGUCAUGAGUGUUCCAAAGAAAAGUUCCUACUGUCUAGUUUUGAUGCCAUAAACAAUAAAUUAAAUUAUUCCGAUCCAAGUA